AUGGGCCGCCAAGCCUACCUGGACAAGAUGGCCUUUGGGCGCUCGGCCUUUGCGCCCACGCAGGCCGCAUCGCAGUCGGCCGCGUACGUCCAGCUCGAGUCGGCGCAGGCUGACGUCCCGCCGCGCUACCACGAGGCGACCGCCAACAGCUACGUCCAGCUCUACGACGAGCGCGGCAGCCCCAUCAACCCGCGCUCCCACCAGUACGGCAAGAAGCUGCGAGGCGCCCAGAACGAUGUGCUGGCCUCGGUCGGCGUCGUCGAGCGGCGACACGCCCCGGCGGGAGCCUUCCCGCGCGCCAGCCACGACCGCCUCGAGCUGCUGGAAGCCGAGGACACCGUUGGGAAUGCCAUUGCACUGGCGACCACGCUCACCGAGAACCUGUGCACCUGGUGGAUAGGCACUCUCAGGGAGAGGAUUCUGGCACGUUCCUGCCGCCGCCCUCUCACGUUCCACUAUCCCCAUGCCCUCACCUUUGCCCAAAUCGCCGCCGCCGAGCGUGCCCUCUCUGGCGCCCCCAUUGUCUAUGCCGGCUUUGCCGCGCGCGUGUUUGCGACCAUGCACAUCCAAGCCAUUGUCUACAGCACCUUUGUCUAUCAGCCUGUCGAGCGCUUGCUCUAUGCCACACGCGCAACCGCAAGGACACGCAACUUCUUCCGCCACGCCAGGAGAGCCCUCAAGUCUAGCCUUCGCCUGGGCCUCGAGAUGCUGUGCUAUCCCUUCUUCUACCACGCUGCAUUGCAACGCCUUGGACUAGUGCCCGCCCGCCCACUACUGCCAGCCUGGCGGUCCCUCAAUCCCCUCUCAGACUCGUCGCCUCUGCCGUUCUCUCUGCACUGCAAUGCGUCUGAGUCCAUGGCGGACUGCAUCGGUGCAAUCUUGACCUCGCCCGCCAUCCUCCUGUGUGCUGAGCACUCCAUCGAGCGCUGGGUCUACGCCUGCGUCUACGAAGCUGUCGAGACGGCCAUGAUCCGUCCUGACGAGCCCGACAUUCCCAGCCGGGACGCCAGUGGAAAGGACCGGGCCUUGGCUGUUCUCGGGCUGCGACGGGAGUCGCCGCCCCUGAUUCGGGACGCCGUUCACAGCCUGCUCGCAAUGCUUGGGUGGGCCCGGCCGGUGUCCCCUCCGAGCGCACAAAGAAAGCGGGCAAUGGAGCUUGCACCUGCAAUCGCCUCGAGCGAGAUCCAGACGCUACAAGUUGGUGGCACUCAGGUUACCGGCGCUACCCCACUCAAUCUCCCCGUCCUGCACUCGACAGAUCACCCUUCCGCAGAGCCGCUCGAUGCAGAUGCCAUCGCCGUUCCGAUCGAUGCAUUUGAGGACCUGGUGCGAUCUACCACCCCGCCAGGGUCGCCGACACAAUCGGAGCAGAACGAGAACGGUCCCCGGAUACGCAUAACGUCGAGGGAAGGAAUCGUAGAGAUGGAAGUCCGUCUCCCGCCUAGGAUACUUUCCACCCACACGCAAGUCGCAGAAGGCUCGGAUCCGUUGCAAGACGACGCAGCUGCCGGGUCAAGGAACCGAGCCCGCUCAAUGGACGGUCAUGGAUACCACCGCGUCACGCAACUCUCGUGUGAGCCGGCGCAGAUGAUCAGUGCAAUGGUCAGAGCCCAGCUUGUCGGCCUCGUCAUGCUCCCAUUGAGGAUGGCCACUUUGCGAGCGAUUGCCUCACAUUAUGUAGCCAGGCAAGAAGGGCAUGCAGGGUCGUACCGCAUUGUGGGUGGGUUGGGUCUCGGUGAGGGUGUAGGCUGGCGGAACAUUGGCACCCAGCUCUCACGCGUAGCGCUCUGUGGUGCACUGGAGCUGACUAUCGAUCUUGGCCUGUGGGGAUUGCAAUAUCUGGCCAUUACAAAAUUCGGGCAGAGUGUCUUCGGAUGGGGUACGCUUUGA